AUCACACUCCAUAUUCUCCAUCUUCCUCCAACUAGGAAAGGGACCAACCUGCGCCUUCCACCCACCGUAACAUUUUCCCGCUGACAUACACGCAACCAGACGCGAAGGACCACAAUCAUGACGGACUCCAAAUAUUUCACAACAAACAAAAAAGGGGAGAUCUUUGAACUGAAGGCCGAGCUGAACAAUGAGAAGAAGGAGAAGAGGAAAGAGGCAGUGAAGAAGGUCAUUGCUGCCAUGACUGUCGGCAAGGAUGUCAGUUCAUUAUUCCCAGAUGUGGUGAACUGCAUGCAGACCGACAACCUGGAGCUGAAGAAGCUGGUCUACCUCUACCUAAUGAACUACGCCAAGAGUCAGCCUGACAUGGCCAUCAUGGCCGUCAACAGCUUUGUCAAGGACUGUGAGGACCCCAACCCUCUGAUCCGGGCUCUGGCUGUCCGCACCAUGGGCUGCAUCCGGGUGGACAAGAUCACCGAGUACCUGUGUGAGCCACUGAGGAAGUGCCUGAAGGAUGAAGACCCUUAUGUGAGGAAGACAGCAGCUGUUUGUGUGGCUAAGCUUCAUGACAUCAAUGCCCAGAUGGUGGAGGACCAGGGCUUCCUGGACUCCCUGAGAGAUCUCAUUGCUGAUUCAAAUCCCAUGGUUGUGGCCAACGCCGUCGCUGCCCUGUCUGAGAUCAGCGAGUCUCACCCCAACAGCAACUUGCUGGACCUCAAUCCCCAGAACAUCAACAAGCUGCUGACAGCCCUCAACGAGUGCACGGAGUGGGGACAGAUCUUCAUCCUGGACUGCCUGUCCAACUACAACCCCAAGGAUGAGCGCGAGGCCCAAAGCAUCUGUGAGCGCGUCACUCCCCGCCUGUCUCACGCCAACUCCGCCGUGGUGCUGUCAGCUGUCAAGGUGCUGAUGAAGUUCUUGGAGCUGCUGCCAAAGGACUCCGACUACUACAACACCUUACUGAAGAAGUUAUCCCCACCGCUGGUCACCUUGCUCUCCGGAGAGCCUGAGGUCCAGUAUGUGGCUCUGAGGAACAUCAACCUCAUCGUCCAGAAAAGGCCCGAGAUCCUGAAGCAGGAGAUCAAAGUGUUCUUUGUCAAGUACAACGACCCGAUCUAUGUGAAACUGGAGAAACUGGACAUCAUGAUCCGCUUGGCCUCUCAGGCCAACAUUGCCCAGGUGUUGGCUGAGCUGAAGGAAUACGCUACAGAGGUGGAUGUUGACUUUGUGCGCAAGGCUGUGCGAGCCAUCGGACGCUGCGCCAUCAAGGUGGAGCAAUCAGCUGAGCGCUGUGUCAGCACCCUGCUGGACCUGAUCCAGACCAAGGUCAACUAUGUGGUACAGGAGGCCAUUGUGGUCAUCAGGGACAUCUUCCGCAAGUACCCCAACAAGUAUGAAAGCAUCAUCGCCACGCUGUGUGAGAACCUGGACUCUCUGGAUGAGCCUGAUGCUCGUGCUGCCAUGAUCUGGAUUGUUGGCGAGUACGCAGAGAGGAUCGACAACGCUGAUGAGCUGCUGGAGAGCUUCCUGGAGGGCUUCCAUGAUGAGAGCACCCAGGUCCAGCUCACUCUGCUGACUGCCAUUGUCAAGCUGUUCCUCAAGAAGCCAUCAGAGACUCAGGAGUUGGUGCAGCAGGUCCUCAGCCUGGCCACGCAGGACUCUGACAACCCCGACCUGCGUGACAGAGGCUACAUUUACUGGCGCCUGUUGUCCACCGACCCCGUGACUGCCAAGGAGGUGGUGUUGUCAGAAAAGCCCCUGAUCUCGGAGGAGACGGACCUGAUCGAGCCCACCCUCCUGGACGAGCUCAUCUGCCACAUCGGCUCUCUGGCGUCUGUCUAUCACAAACCUCCCAGCGCCUUUGUCGAGGGCAGCCAUGGAAUCCACCGGAAACACCUUCCUGUGCAGCACAGCAGCAUCGAUACGGGUGAGAGCCCAGUGAGCGGCGGACCGGCGGCCGCCAUGGACCAGCCGCAUGUGAUCCCCAGCCAGGGCGACCUGCUGGGCGACCUGCUGAAUCUGGACCUGGGCCCUCCAGUCAACGUGCCCCAGGUCUCCUCCAUGCAGAUGGGGGCGGUGGACCUUCUGGGAGGGGGCCUGGACAGCUUGCUGGGGGGAGACCUGGGCGGAGGUGUUGGGGGCAGUCCAGCAGUGGGACAGAACUUCAUCCCCUCAUCUGUUCCCAGUACUUUUGCUCCGUCACCUACACCGGCACCUCCAGCCGUCAGCAGUGGCCUAAACGACCUGUUUGAGCUUUCCACGGGCAUGGCCAUCACCACUGGAGGCUACGCAACCCCAAAAGCAGUGUGGCUGCCUGCAGUGAAAGCCAAAGGACUGGAGAUCUCUGGCACCUUCUCUCGCCGCCAGGGCCACAUGUACAUGGACAUGACCUUCACCAACAAGGCCCUGCAACACAUGACCGACUUCGCUGUCCAGUUCAACAAGAACAGUUUCGGGGUGAUCCCUACCAGUCCUCUGCCCAUUCACACUCCGCUGAUGCCCAGCCAGAGCAUCGAGGUCUCUUUGCCCAUCAACACCAUCGGGCCGGUCAUGAAGAUGGACCCGCUCAACAACCUGCAGGUGGCUGUGAAGAACAGCAUCGAUGUCUUCUACUUCAGCGUGCUCAUCCCUCUCAAUAUAUUCUUUGUUGAGGAUGGAAAAAUGGAGCGACAGGUGUUCCUUGCUACCUGGAAAGACAUCCCCAAUGAGAAUGAGCUUCAGUACCAGAUUAAGGAGUGCCACCUAAAUGCAGACACAGUAUCAGGGAAGCUGCAGAACAACAACAUCUACACCAUUGCCAAGAGAAACGUAGAAGGCCAGGAUAUGCUCUACCAGUCCCUCAAGCUAACGAACGGCAUCUGGAUCUUGGCUGAGCUCCGCAUUCAGCCUGGCAACCCCAACUACACGCUGUCUCUCAAGUGUCGGGCCCCCGAGGUUUCUCAGUACGUCUACCAGAUGUACGACUCUGUGCUGAAGAACUGACCCGCUCGAACGCUCAAACACUCAUCCGGCUUAACUUCAUCCUGACACACACAGCAGUGUUUUAUCGUUUUCUGCCAUCUGCUGCUGACUGCCAAAACAAAGGACUCCUAACAGUAAAUGAUGGACGUGAAGUCAUUUGGAAUAUUGGGUGUGUUUUUCCUCUGAGAGAGUUAAUAUGAAAGUACGUCAUUUGUACUGAAGUUAAACAGCACAAACACUGUUGAUGUUUCCUUUAUUUUGGCAGUUAAAACAUUUCUGAAUCCUCUUAUUCAGCUUCCCAUUUUGAUUUUUACCUGCCAGUGAGAACAUGUUAUCAUUCCAUCCUUAACUCAGUGUCUUCAUGUUGUAAAGGUGUAACUGAUGGUCCGACUGUCCAGAUUGGAAAGAAAUGCAUUUUAUUUUGUAGUGUGUGUGGCUCGCACUGUUUGCUUUUGAUUUAUUUUUGAUAUACCAGUGUUGAUCUGUUCCUUUUGCCAUUAACGUGUGAAGAGUCGAAUCCAACAAUGUGUCUGUCAGAGGCUACUCAUGUCUGUCCACAGCAGGUUUGUCUACUGGAGGUCAGAGCUGAUAAUUACUGUUUGAGACAUCCAAAACAGACCAACAUAAUGCAUCACAUUGAGCAGCAGAUGUGCUGCUGUUUAUCUCGCCAUGACUUAAACCGGCUUGUAUUUAAUAGGAUUACUUACAAUUUGUGCAGCAUUUAGAUGGAAAUGUGACUUUUUCCUCCGUAACGCUGAAACAUUGGAGAGUAAUUGAAAUACUUUGAGUGACAUUCCCAAAAUUACUGGCACUCCACCCGUUUCGCCUCAGCCACAUAUUAUUAUUCAGAAUAUUUGGCUUUUGUAAAGCAUUUUCUUUUAGUUCUUUUAAUGGUCAAAAAACACGUAAGAAAACAGGUGACAGGGAUGAUUGGAGAAUAUUAAAUGCAAAGAGAAAACGAAUAACCCAUCCAGUGUAGUGAGGCGUCUGCAGGCUGAGGAGGUGGAGGGAUGCUGAAGAGUCAGUCAAGAAGCUUUUGAGUGGGAAAUAGGACACCUGAUGUUGUUCUUGGGUAAAACCUCUAUUAUCCUCAGCUUCAAGUCUUUGCUCAUUAGCUUUGAACCACAACACAAACCACAGCAGCUACUGAUGAUGAACACACCAGUGCCACUCCGUUGUAAGAAUCAGCUGAUUCAUUUCACAUGCAAUCUUUGUAACAGCCACGUUUACUGUAACCACAUAGUUGCACUUGGCUUUAUACACCUAUAUUUUCAUUCCUAUUUAUUGUGCAUCUACCUCUGUGUGCUUUUUUUUAACUGGCUUCAUUCCUGCAGUAGCUUCAAUUCUUUAAUGUGCUUUAAAUGCCUCUGUCUUUUCUUUUGAUGUUUUUGUAAUUUUUCAUGCCAUUGUUGUCAAGCCAGUCUUACAGGACCAAGCAUCCACUCCAAUUAAAUGCCAAAUUUAUGUUUUAGUACAUCAGUGUCAAUAUAACCCUAUAAUGUUGGCGUUACUUGUCCUAUAGAACACGCCCUGAGGCACAGAGUUGUUCUAGUACAGUGUAGUCCAGUGAUAAUGUAGUUUGUGUAGCUAAUAAAUUAAAAUGUUUUGGUAUUACCCUGAAAAUGAAAUGAAAAACUCGACCUAUUCAACAGAAAUGGCUUUUUCAGCGAGUCAGUUGUGCUGGUGACACUAUUUUCCUACAUGGUAAUGUAAAAAUAUGUUUAUGUGCCUGCAUGAGCCCACUUUCCUUUUUAUCCUCCUCAUUUAGGCUGUGGAUUUGUUCCAUUGAGAAACUAAUCUCCCAUCUUUAUGUCUCUGUUAUACGUAGACCUUAUGCUUUUCAAGCAAUAUUGUCUAAAGCACUCCCACAAAUAGAAAUAAAACAGUUGCCAGCAGUGCAGAAUGUAUGGAGAGCUAACAUGGCAUCUUAUGAGAUGGAAUAUUUUAAGCAUCAUUGCUGUAACCUUGUUGUAAAUGAGUUGUAAUUGUCACAGUACCACAUGUCAAUAAAUUGUUAAACACAUGAUG